AUUCAUACUUUACUGCCUUUACUGCUUUAAUACAGUCUUAAAAUUAUUUAUUUAGUACUUAUAGUUACCAAUAAUUAAUUAGUUUUAUAGAUCAUUAUUCAAUAAACAUUAUCAUUCAUCACAUAUAUCAUACGUCGUAUAUGUAGCCGUUACUGUUUGAGUUGUUUAGUAUAUAUUUUCCAAUGAUUUUAUAGUUAUGAUGCCAUAUAAGCCUUUUUAUUUACUAUUUAAUAUAAAUUAAAGUAGUGUACGAUUUUCUCUAACUGACCAUUAACUUAUUUAAGUAAAAAAUACAAGAUAAUCAUGAAUACACAUAAUUUUUUCAAUUUUGAUACAACUUGUAAUGAUUUUAUCUUAUUGUUAACAAAGAUGAAUAUUUGACAAAUGAAUUUCCUAGACAGUAUUCAAUUAUAAUAUCAUAUUUCCAUACAUUGUGGUGUGUACAUACAACUGUGAUUAUGGAUGAUGUUAAUUAUUUGGGUACAAACAACAAUGAAGACAAAAUAAAUACUUCAUAUCAUUUAUUAAGUAUAGAAAAUACAGAGAAACAACAUGUAAAAGUAUGCCAAGUAUUUUUAAGAAAAGUAUAUACACUUCUGAUACUUCAAUUGUUUGCAUUCAACUUUAUGGGAUUUUUCUGUUUAUUUACACCAAAAAUACGGUUUUUCAUUUAUAACUUUGAAUACAUGUUAUCUAUUACAUUAAUUUUUAAUGUGGCUGUACUUAUUUUUUUACAUAUGAAACGCAAGCAUUAUCCUGCUAAUCUUAUAAUUUUAAUAAUUUUUACUGUUAUAGAAGCUUGUACCGUAGGAAUUGUAGUCACGUCAUUUGAUUUAUUUAUACUGCUUCAAACAUUGUUACUCACCUUAGUUUCAAUAAUAGCAACAACAUUAUAUUUAAGUAAGACUAAGAGAGUGGGAUUAUCUUUGACUGAAUAUUGUGUUUUGCUAAUUAUCACUAUAUUUUCGUCCGGUGUAUUAGUACAAAUAAUACUAGGCAGUACUACAUAUGAACUCAUAUUGUCUAGUAUCAGUUCAUUAUUAUUUUCAAUGUUCCUUGUGCAUGAUGCUCAGAAAUUGAUGUGGAAAUUACAUCCUGAAGAUUAUGUUUUUGGUACCAUCAGUAUAUAUUUUGAUAUAAUCAAUUUAGUUCCUUAUGCACUUCAUAAAGUUUACAACUUCAGGCUAUAAAAUAUUUAAAAUUAAAAGACAUAUAUUUUUAUAUUGUUAUAUAAUUAUUUUUUACAUAAUAAUACAUAUAUUUUAAUUUAUAAUGCAUAUAAAUAAAAUAAUAAUUUAUAAAUAAAA